CUUUGAGCUUUAAGUUCUAUUGAUAAUAUAUAACCUUAAUAUAGAUAUAUGAUAUAUUGUACUGACACUAUCAUCACUCUUUGAACCAAGACAGUCUGUUAUUAUUUCUGACCAAUAAGUUGGAGGUUAGACAAUUCCAAAAUGUGAAAGGCUUUCGAAAGAAUAAAUGUUUACAUCGUCUCCAACAAUGCCCGUAGUGUGGUUUGACAUUCUGUUAAUGUUUUGUCUUUGGAGUGAUGAGAAACCUGAUGAUGUUCUUACAGCAGAAUUAUCUCUUUAUUGACCAGAACUAGAGGUAGUAAAUUGUAUUUUACAUGUUUAACCAUUCAAGAUCAAAACACUCACUGUUUCCAAGUCCUUCAUCCUAGUCUUUGUUGUUAUUGCAGGCCUUUUUUCUUGUUUUUACAAUCUGCCUUGUUUCAGCUGGCCUUGGCUCAGUUCCAGGGCAGCUGUGACCACAGCGAGAUUUCCAUCCUUUCUAACAUCCUGGAGAGCAACUAAGAUAAGCUCAUGAGAGAAAAGACUGACACUUCAAGACAGGGACCUGAAUUGGUAUCUCAUCCUGCAGACAUGGAGGGGUUCAGUGACAAGGUUUUCUUCUGCAGGUGGAUGCGCCACAGGGUUCCCCUGGCCCACAGAGAGGAACUGUGCCACAUCCUGAGGAUGACAGGGCCUCUGCUGCUGUCUCGAAUCCUCAAUUGCCUGCUUCCAUUUGUGGUUACAAUUUUCUGUGGGCGUCUGGGAAAUGAAGUGAUGGCUGGCUAUGGAUUAGCUUCUGCUACCAUUAAUGUUACCACUGCAGCAACAGGGUAUGGUCUGGGACUGGCAUGUGAUACUUUAGUAUCUCAGCAUCUUAAUUUCAGAAUAGCCCAGCUGUAUAUCACAGGCUUCCUUCCUGCCGUACCAGCAAUGUUUCUACAUCAUCUUCAGGUGUCUUAUCUGCAGAAUCAGGGUAUAAUACUGCCACAAAUGUACACUGCUGCCAUGGCAAACAUAGCAAAUGUGCUGACAAACUACAUCUUUCUUUACUGGCUGGAUCUGGGUGUUAGUGGGUCUGCAGCAGCCAAUACUCUGUCUCAGAUUUACAUCUGUGCUUUUCUGUUUGCUUACAUUUGGUGGAAGAGGCUCCAUGUAACAACAUGGGGGGGCUGGUCUAUAGAAUCACUGCAGGAGUGGGGUUCCUACAUGAAACUGGCCAUUCCCAGUACAUUCAUGAAGUGCUUUGAGUGGUGGGUUUAUGAGUUCGGUGGAUUCUUUGCAGGAAUGCUAAGUGAAGAUGAGCUGGCAGCCCAACAUGCUGUGAUAAUGGUGGCCUUCAUAACCUACAUGUUCCCUCUUGGUAUUCAAGCAGCAGCAUGUGCCCGUGUGGGAAAUGCUCUCGGUGCAGGAGACAGCGCCAGGGCGAUCCUCACCAGCAAGGUAUCCCUCACCCUUGCAGGUAGCUUUGCAGUUGUUGAAGGUAUUGUUCUUGGCUCUACUAAAACAGUGAUUGGCUAUAUCUUCACCUCUGAUGAGAAGAUCGUAAGUCUGGUCUCGCACUUGAUGAAUGCUUACUGUUUCCUUCAGUUCUUUGAUGGACUUGUGUGUGUGUGCACAGGCAUCUUCUUGGGCACAGGCAAACAGAAGAUACCAGCUGUGGCUAAUCUCAUUGGAUACUACGGCAUAGGACUCUCACUGAGUGUUACUUUAAUGUUCGUCGCAAAACUGAGAGUUUUAGGUUUUUGGCUGGGAUUGCUCAUUUGUGUCAUUUUGCAAUCUACCUUCUACAUCAUUGUCAUCUUUAAGCUGAACUGGGAACGAAUGACAGAGGAGGCUGUGGACCGAGCACAGAAAAACACUCAAAUGACAUAUUCGAGCACAGAUGUCCGGUCAGAUGGUGCAGAAAACAACACUGCUGGCCAGACAGAAACUAAUGGGAGUUCAGUGGAUGGCUACAUGGCUGUGAGCACUGAGCACCCUGAUGGGACCACAGAGACGCAGGUUGGACAUGGGGUCCAGCAGCAGGAUGGCCCUCUCUCCACCACCCAGCUGAUUCUCAGACGAGGUCUUACUAUGUUUGCAGCAGUUGCUCUUCUGGUUGUGGGAGCAAGUGUGCACUUCCUCGUGCCCUUGCCCCAGACCAUGCCUUCAGAGGCCAACUUUACUUUGGACUGGAUUAACACUACAUAUACUCCUGAUCAAAUCUUCCCCCAUGCACUGGUCCCAAAUGAAGAGUCAGAUUGACUUUUACAGUCCAAGAUA